UCUCGAGUGCCGCCGCGCGCGCUCCCGCGAGCAAAUAGCCGGUCUCGGGGCGCGGCUGCGGAAGGUCGCGGGGCGGACGAGGUAGCUGCGAGCCCCGCGAUGGCUCCGGGCAGCGGGCUCCUUCUCUGCGGCCCUCUGACGCUACUGCUGCUGGCAAUGGCCCCGGACAGCGCCUCCCCUGCUGCUGCGCCCGAGGGAGCUUGUCUUCAAUAUACAAACAAAACUUGUGAAGAGUGCCUGAAAAAUGUCUCAUGUCUCUGGUGCACCAGCAACAAGAAAUGCAUGGAUUAUCCAGUUAAAAACCUUCUCCCUCCUCGUGCUCUCUGUGAGUUGAGUUCUGCACGCUGGGGAGUCUGCUGGGUGAACUUCGAAGCCUUGAUCAUCACAAUGUGUGUGGUAGGAGGAGUGGUCCUUGUUGCUCUCUGCAUCUGCUGCUACUGCUGUUGCAGAAAAAAGAAGAGCAAAAAGCCAGACAAAGACGAUGAAAGAGCUUCCAGAGAGAGGGAACAGAGGAGAGUACGGCAAGAAGAGAGGAGAGCUGAGAUGAAAUCUCGACAUGAUGAAAUCCGGAAAAAAUAUGGCUUGUUUAAGGAAGAGAACCCUUACGCCAAAUUCGAAAACUAACUGGUCUCCCUAGAAGUGCCACGCAACACCAAAGCUCCUAUACCGUUGCCAACUGGAGCUUUACAGUAUAGGCUUAGACACUUUACAUUCCAAACACCAAAAACAUAAAAUUACUGAGAUGCUGCAGUAGCCUUAAAUUGCCAAAGACUGUCAUGUGCUUCAGUAGAAAGCUUUGUGCUAACUUGGGACAGAGCCUACUAUUAUCCCAAUGAGCUAUUAUGAGCAGCAAGACUGAACCAGAAAGAACCUGACUUUACCUCAAGACAUUCUAACACAGCUCAACAGACUGUGCAGCAUUGUCUGGGAGUCCAUUUUAAAUUUUUGCUUUUUCUGUUGUCUGACUUGCCAGACACUUUGUAAUGCAAUGGCUUCAAAGAACAGCUCAAGGAACCAGUCUUGCCCUUCUGCCCUACUCCUUUUCACCAAAUAAAGUAAAGCUUUAAAUCUGACGGCAGGGCAGGACUGGGGUUGGGGAGAGGGGGUAGUUUGGUCCUACAUAAGGUAUAGCAGCAAUUCAGGAAUAUCAGGGUAGAUGAAUAAAAGACGACUUCUUGGAUCAUCAAGGCCGUAACUGUAUCACUUGAAGUGCCUGUACAGUUGUUACUCAGCAAUUCUUUCAACUUGUGUAAGUUUUUUUUAAUUAUUCUGAGGAGGAGGGAAGGGAGUUUAGUCUUAUUUGCACUUCUUAAUGAGUAGAUGCUCAUUCUCCUUUCAGAAUUCAUUUUGUUUAAAAGUCUAUCCUACCUCUGCUCUGUGCCUUUCUAUAACUUCUCCUAUAAUAAAGUAAUUCAAGACUGAGAUUUUGUAACAAUAUAAGACUUAAAUGUAAUACUAGUAUUUUUAUCCAUUCGAUACAAUUAUAGAUUGUAAAGCGAUAUUGAUUUGAUUACUCUAA